AUGCCCCCCGGUGAACUCCCGGCCAGCCUGGUCGCAGGCAAACCGCAUCCCACGCUGAACACGUCCGGCUAUGGAGGCAGCUACCACCAAAAGAACACCCCCACUUCUCCCGAGGACAGUUUGAUCCCAUUCGACUCGCCCACCACCCGCACCGCAGGGAACAGCCCGUUGAACCACAGCCCUUUGAGCCAGGAAGAUGUCCGUUCAGGUCGGGGACUCGAACCUGAGCAGCCCGGUUAUCGGGACCGCUCUGCGGCCCGUGACCGGUCGCGCCCCAACGGACGACCUCACAACAAGUCCCCCGGCUCGUCGCGUCUGUGUCAAAAGUGCAAUGAGCCGUUGACCGGCCAAUUUGUCCGUGCGCUCGGAGGCACUUUUCAUUUGGAGUGCUUUAAGUGUCAGGACUGCGAUGAGAUUGUUGCCUCCAAAUUCUUCCCCGUCGACUCGGAAGAUGGCAGCGUUCAAUACCCACUCUGCGAAACCGACUACUUUCGCCGGCUCGGCCUGCUGUGCCACGAAUGCGGCGGCGCCCUCCGCGGAUCGUACAUCACGGCAUUGGAUCGUAAAUAUCAUAUUGAGCAUUUCACGUGCUCAGUAUGCCCCACGGUCUUCGGUGCCCAAGACUCCUAUUACGAACAUGAAGGCAAGGUAUAUUGCCACUUCCAUUACUCGACUCAAUUCGCCCAGCGGUGUCACGGGUGCCAGACGGCCAUUCUCAAACAAUUCGUCGAGAUCUUCCGCAAUGGCCAAAAUCAACAUUGGCAUCCCGAGUGUUACAUGAUCCAUAAAUUUUGGAAUGUGCGCCUUUCACCCGCCGGCCAGACCUGGGAACCGCCGCCAGUGGACGUGGAUGCCAGCCCCGAGGACCGUGAGCGAAUCCGCCAGGAGGAGGACACAAUGGAGGAGAAGGUUUACAAUAUCUGGAGCACCCUUUCUACCUUUGAAGAAUCCUCGGCUGCUUGCAUUUCGGAUAUGCUUCUGCAUGUGAGCAAUGGAGCGUAUAUCGAUGGUGUUUUGGUGGCCAAGCGCUUCAUCGGCCAUGUUGAGAUCCUUUUCGGUGCAGUCGAUGAACUGGCUAAUUACAUUAAGUCACAAGGUGUCAAGGAUCUUUCCUAUGGCCGCGAAGCCAAGCUUCUUUGCAAGAAGAUCGUUGCUUUCUUUUCCCUUCUGUCGAAGACUCAAGAGACCGGUGUUAGGAAACUGGGCGUCACGCAAGAGCUGCUUUCCCUGGUUACUGGUCUUGCUCACUACCUCAAGCUUCUCAUCCGCAUCGGGUUGCAGGGUGCUCUCAAACUUGAACGGGAUAUGUCGGCACCCGAUGGCCUGCACAACUUCCUGCAUCAUCUCGGCGAUCUGGACGCGCUGGUUCCGCCGGAGGAUGGAGAUGAGCAGCUUGAUCUGACAGCUGGAGUCGAGGGUCUUGCUGAUCAGCUGUCGGACUGCUGUAUCGCAUGCAAAGAACCCAUUGAUGACGAAUGUGUUCUCUGGGGAGAGAACCGCUGGCACAUUAAGCCACCCCAUCUAUCAUGCUCUUCCUGCGACAAAGACCUGAGCAUUGAUCUUGCUGAUGCAUUGUGGAGUGAGAAUGAAAACCGUACUUUCUGCUCGGCCUGUGCUCAUCAGCAGAACCUGGGCUCGAGUGUCCAGAGCGGAUUCGUCCACGUUUCUAAACUGCAGCAAUUCGUUUUCUUGUUGCGAGUUGCCCUUGCCCGUCUUCUCGCCGUGCUGCGCGCAGGUGGAACUCUGCCUCACACCUCUGACGACCCUAAUCUCAAAGAUUACGAGAACAAGGAGGGCCACCGUGCUCAACCUGGCGAUGUUCGGCGAUCCAACACUCGCUCCAUGUCAUAUAGCGGUGGCGCUCGCGAUGGCUUUGAAGAGUCUUCACUAGAGCAAACCGUGGGAGAAAUGCGUCGCCUGCGUUCGAUUCGCAACGAGCGAGCUCUAUCUACAACAUAUAAGAAAGCACGCGAAUCUCGGAUCAUCCACGGCCCCGAGGGCAGAAGUGCCCGACCUGGAUCCUCCGGUAAUGAUGGCACUGAUCCCAACGGAAAUGGGUUCCAGAUCGUCGAAGAGCGGGACUCCAAUGGCGAGACCGUGAAAGAUCUGACGUUCGGCAACCAAGAUGCACUGACUCUGGAUGACAUCCCGCGCAUUGUUGCAGCGGAACAAGCCAAAGAACAGCGCCCCAAUGCGUUCAGGCAUGCCGGUGCCAAACUUGUCGACUCUGGUGAGCCGAUGGCAAGGUAUAGACCUAGUCAUGGACGUAACAUGUCGGAGGGAAAUCUUAACAUGUUGGUCGAGCCUGCAACACGGACCAAACGCUACUUCUCCGAGCUGACCGCUCUGGAAUACUUCAUCGUCCGCCACGUUGCUGUUUUGUCCAUGGAGCCCUUGUUGGAUGGCCAGUUUAACAUGGAAGAGCUGCUUUCUCUUAUUGAAUCGCGCAAGCCUACGAUCUGGAACAUCUUUGGCCGCGCAUUCAAAGAUGAGAAGAAGAAGGGCAAGAAGAAGGGUGUAUUCGGUGUAGCCCUAGACUACUUGGUGGAAAAGGAAGGAACCGAGUCGAGUCACGGUGUGGGUCCUGGUGCUCUUCGGAUUCCUGCUGUCGUGGACGACGCGGUUUCUGCAAUGCGCCAAAUGGACAUGUCGGUAGAGGGUGUCUUCCGUAAGAACGGCAACAUCCGCCGACUGAAGGACAUCUCGGAAAUGAUCGACAACAGAUACGAUCAAGUUGACAUGACCAAGGAGAGUCCGGUCCAGAUUGCCGCGCUUCUCAAGAAGUUCCUUCGCGAAAUGCCUGACCCAUUGAUGACCUUCAAGCUCCAUCGGCUGUUUGUUGCAGCGCAAAAGUUGCCCGACCCUGAGAAGCAGAAGCGAGUGUUGCACCUCACGUGCUGUCUCCUGCCAAAAGCUCACCGUGAUACGAUGGAGGUUCUCUUCACAUUCUUGAAUUGGACAUCUUCAUUUUCCCAUGUCGAUGAGGAGUCUGGAAGCAAGAUGGACAUUCACAAUUUAGCAACCGUCAUGACACCAAACAUCCUGUAUCCCAAUGCUAAGAACAGCACCGUGGAUGAAAGCUUCUUGGCUAUUGAAGCAGUCAAUGCUCUAAUCACGUAUAACGACACCAUGUGCGAGAUUCCGGAGGACUUGCAAUCUAUUCUCAGCGACCCAACUCUCUUCAAGGAGAACGCCGAAGUGACGACAAAGGAGAUCCUUAAGCGUUACGGGGAUAUCGCUCGUGGCAGCUUCUCCACGAAGCCAGAAAACGGCGGUGAGACAUUCACUAUCACCAACCAAAACCGAAGCAACACUACCCCGGCGGCGGCGCGCAUCGAAACAGACCCAUCCCAGGAUACGGCCUGGCAGAUGCAAAGUUCGGUCCGCCAUGUGGGAGGGUCCGGCCACUCCCACUCGAACAGCACUGCUCCCCAGGCUGGGUUCGAUUUCGGGCCGCCGCAACCAGGAUACCGCCGCGAGCGCAGCACCAGCAAUGGCAGUCAACCUUCUGACACUCAGCAAAAUCUCCCUUACCGAACACGUCCGGGACAGGGUGCUAUGGGCGUUACUGGCUAG